AUGGCGCAGCAAGAUUUCGGUGCCAUGAUGCGCUUCGGCUGUGCUCAGCAUUCGAUCGAGCGCCUGGAUCCCAUCGUGACUCCGGGACAGAUUCCUUCGCAGCAUAUGCACGCCAUCGUCGGCGGCAACUCCUUCAAUGCCACGAUGCAGGGAGACCUCGGAGCAGAGAGCAGCUGCACUACAUGCACGUUCAGCGAAGACUUCUCGAACUACUGGCACCCUGCUUUGUACUUUCGAGCGCGCAAUGGCACCUUCAGGCAUGUUCCGAUCAUACCGAACAUUGGCAUAUUCGGCGCUACUGGUGGCGUGACGGUAUACUACACGUCGCCUACGGACAAGUCAGUCAAGAUCAAGGCCCAACCACCGGUACGACUGCCCAAUCAUUCACCGCGUGAUUUUCAAACUGAUAAAGUGCUGCAGGGCUUCCGGAUGGUAGUCGGAGAUCCAUUCGCCCGUUCGCAGACCUUCUCCAGCGCCUACAGCAUCUACCGCUGCUAUACCGACGGGCCAUUCGAGCCAAAUCCAAUGGGCGUAGCGGACAGCGACACCCAAACUUUCCCCAAGAAACACUGCCCUGGUGGUAUGCGUGUGAACAUUAACUUCCCGAACUGCUGGGACGGCAAGAACCUCGACAGCAAAGAUCACACGUCUCACGUCGCCAGUGGCUACAACGGCUGCCCAAGCACUCACCCAGUCCAACUCCCGCAGAUCAUGCUCGAAACCGUCUUCGACACCGGCAUGUUUCCCAAAGAAGACUGGCCCAAGGACGGCUCUCAGCCUUUCGUCUGGGCGCAGGGAGAUCCAACGGGGUAUGGGUAUCACGCCGACUACGUCUUCGGCUGGAAGGGAAAUUCGCUUCAGAAGGCAGUGGAUCAGCGCUGCAGCAUGGCUACUUGCGAAGGGUUGACCACGCAAGAUCAGAGUGUCGGGAACAAGUGCACCAAGAAGCCCAGCUUCGGUCCACCGAAGUUGAACGGAUGGCUCAAGCAUUUGCCGGGCAAGAUGAAGGUCACCUAUCAGUGA